ACUUUUAAAAUGUUGCAACACAAACAAUAUGGCGGCGGACACGACAGCACAUGGUUCGACGACAACCACUGCAGAUAAUGUGGUUUCAUUUGUUGCAACUGAUGCCAACAAGAGACAGAAGAAAAAUCUGAAAAGAUGGAAACCGUUUGUGAAAGUCUCGUACGAUUCUGGGAGUGAUGCGGAUGUUGAAAGCGAUGAAGACCGAAAAGAAAAUGGUGCUCCAAGCAAGAAGAUCUCCAGAAAAAGGCAGAAGCUUGAAGCAGCAUCUCUACCCACGCCACCGUCGAGGGAGUCCAAUAGCGAUGGGGAGGACAAAGACUCGGAGCCGGAGCCAGACUCCGAGUCCGAGCCAGAGGAAGAGCCAAGGGUUCCUGGGGCCGGAUGGGCGGACGUCAUGGCUAAGAUCCUGCAUAGGGACACCCCGGCUGAGAUGGGCUCAGCCGUCUUGGCCAAGUCCAAGGAUUACGAAAAGGCCAAGAGGCAAGAGCAGGAGGAAGAUGCUGAAAGGCGGAAGGAGAAAGAGACCAGGAAUCAGUGGGAGCAACUAGGUCGAGCCAAGCCCAGAGUGACCGACAAAGAGGUAGAGAGAAAACUACAGAGAAUAGCAACAAGAGGGGUCGUUCAACUCUUCAACGCCGUCAAGAAACAGCAGAAGAAAUUCGGUGAGAAACUAGAUACGGCACACUCGGAGAGGAGACGUGCAGAGGUGAAGUCUUCCGUCAGUAAGGGAGAAUUUCUGGACCUCCUGAAAGCCACGCCAGUCAUCUCCAACAAGAACGUCAGUAAGAAUAAUCAGGGUGAGGACAAGACGGGCAGCAAGAAACCCGCCUGGAGUGUGCUGCAAGACGACUUCAUGAUGGGGGCCACCAUGAAAGACUGGGACAAACAGAGUGAUAGUGGGAGUGACGGACCCGGUGAGGGACACAGUGAUGAGAACUCCUUCUCAGACUCGGAUUAAUCCAUUGGAUGGAAGAUGUACAGAUGGAAGAUGUGUUCUGACAUUUUCAAGAAAUUUUUGUAUCAAUUUCCAAUGAUGGUCAGCUGACCAUCGUUGGAAAAAACUGCUUUUUUCAAAUACUGCCCC